AUGUCAAACAUGCGCCCUUCUCGAAAUAUCCUCAAUGCAGUCGGAAACACACCUUGUGUCGAGCUGCACCAUGUGGAUCCGGAUGGAUGCGCCCGCAUUUUUGUAAAGCUCGAGGGCUUGAACCCGACAGGCUCUUAUAAAGACCGCAUGGCUAGAUCGGUCAUUGAAAAGGCUGAGCGACGUGGUGAAUUGAAACCAGGCAUGACUGUUGUUGAAGCGACCAGUGGCAGUACUGGCUCUUCACUUGCUUUUGUUUGCGCCAUCACGGGGUACAAGUUUUCUGUUGUAUCAUCAGAUGCGUUCGCAGAGGAAAAAUUGAAGACAAUAUCCACUUUUGGUGCGACCGUGGAUAUAGUCCAUAGCCCGAGCGGAAAAAUUACUCCCGAAUUGAUUCCUUCUAUGCACGAACGGGCCAAGGAGCUUUCGAAUGGGGAUGGUUUUUAUUAUGCAGAUCAGUUCAGUAACCCGAACUUUCUUGUUGGCUACGAAGGGUUGGGUCGUGAGAUGCUGGAGCAGAUUCUGGAGGGCAUCGAUGCUUUUUGCGGUGCUGUUGGAGGCGCAGGAAUGGCUAUGGGAGUCGCAAGGGUUUUGAAGAGACGCAGGCCCAAUGUCAUGUGGUUGUCUUGGAGCCCGCUUCGGCGCCUUUUCUUACUAAAGGACAUGGGGAACAUGACGCUAUAUGAUAGUGCCCUUGCAAUGGAAGAGUCUGAAAGUCGUACCAUAUCGAGGCGUCUUGCGAAGGAAGAAGGAAUUUUGGCAGGGACGUCCACGGGCCUCAAUGUAGUGACCGCUAUUGAAUUGGCAAGGAAGCUUGGACCUGGAAAAGUUGUAGUCACUGUUUCUUGUGAUACAGGUCUAAAAUAUGUCCGAGGCAAUUUGUAUAUUUCUUGA